AUGCUAUCAUAGGACAAUCCCCAAACCGACAUUUAUGGUGCAAAUCUUUACAAUCUCGUUCUUGAGACACGGCGAGCCUUCAGCAUCGUCAAUCAAUCUGAGUCUUUCUCUGCAGCUCGUUCUCAAGCACCUUCUACACGGCCUCCAUCCCUUUCUGAAACACCUAUUCCGAGUUUGUCCGGUACUUGCAGUAGUGGUAUGAGCCGUCCUAAUCGGUCAGCUGCUGCAGCAUUUCAUGUAAAUGCAGUGCCCCUUUCAUCCAUGGUGCAAAGAGCGGCUUAUGUAGGCCCCUUUGCCGAGACCUGUGAAUCCAUUCUGGUCCUCACUGGAGUCUAUCAG